AUGGAUGAAAACCUCGAGUUUCACAUCAAAGUUUCAUAUUUUGAAAUAUAUAUGGAUAAAAUUCGCGAUUUGCUUGAUGUUUCAAAGACAAAUCUACCUGUUCACGAAGAUAAGGAUCGAGUACCAUACGUUAAAGGCGCUACAGAACGGUUUGUAUCUAGUCCUGAAGAGGUGUUUGAUGUAAUUGACGAGGGAAAAGCCAAUCGUCAUGUUGCCGUUACUAAUAUGAAUGAACAUAGUUCUCGAAGUCAUUCAGUAUUCAUGAUUACUGUUCGUCAAGAAAAUUUAGAAACACAGAAAAAACUUCAUGGAAAACUUUAUCUUGUCGAUUUGGCUGGUAGUGAGAAAGUUGCUAAAACAGGAGCUGAAGGUACUGUUUUGGAUGAAGCUAAAAAUAUCAACAAAUCGUUAUCUGCUCUUGGUAAUGUAAUCAAUGCACUUGUAGAAGGAAGUUCACAUGUUCCUUACCGUGACUCUAAGUUGACGCGUAUUCUUCAAGAAUCUCUUGGGGGUAAUGCACGAACAACCAUGGUGAUCUGUUGUUCACCAGCGGCUUUUAACGAAGCUGAAACAAAAUCAACGCUUAUGUUUGGCAUGCGUGCUAAGACAAUCAAGAAUUUAGUCACUGUCAAUGAAGAACUAACUGCCGAUGAAUGGCGACGACGAUAUGAACGUGAGAAAGAGAAAGUCAGAAAACUUCGCAUUAUUGUAUCUCAUCUAGAAAGUGAACUAAAACGUUGGCGAGUUGGUGAAUCUGUUAGUCAAACUGAAUGGUUUACAGAAAAUCAAUAUGCUGCCGCUAUGGAUGAUGCAAGAGAUGUCACCACUCCAGAUAUAUGUCCAGCUAAACUUAUGUCAGAUAGUAUUUUGACUACUGCAUCACAAGGUAUUGAAUUUCCAAAUUUAUCUCAAGUACGUGCUUCUGGUGGUGGUGGUGGUGUUGGUGGUGGUCCAUUUCAUUCAUCUAGCAUAGCUGCUACCAUAAGUAGUGGUGGUGUCAGUGGUGGUGUAGGCGGUGUCACUGGUGUUGGUGGUGGUAGCGGUGGUGGUGUUGGUGAUGAACAAUUACAAUUUCUUUAUCAACAACUUGAUGAUAAAGAUGAUGAGAUUAAUAAACAAGCACAAACAAUUGCACGUCUACGACAACAAAUUGAAGAACAAGAUGAUAUUAUUAAUACGCUGCGUAAAGAACGUGAAGGUCAGCUGAAAGAGAUUACAAGUUUACAGGCUGAAUAUCAAUCAAGUAAAGAAGAAGUCAAAGAAGUAUUACAAGCUCUUGAAGAAUUAGCUAUGAAUUAUGAUCAAAAAGCACAAGAAAUUGAUUUAAAAGCUAAAGAAUUAGAAGAAGCACAAGAAUCUCUAUUGAAACAAACUCGUUUAAUGCAUAGUAAAGAUGGUGAAUUAACCCAAUUGAAAGAUACGCAUCAAAAUCAAAAAAAGAAAUAUACUGAAAUGAUGUCUAGUUUAUUGAAAGAUUUAAUUGAUGUUGGUGAAUGUUUAAAUGAUCAGCUGACGAAACCAUCUGUUGGUGCUGAACGUUUAGAUGAAGAAUUUACUGUUGUACGUUUAUAUAUAAGUAAAAUGAAAACUGAAGCAAAAUCAUUACAAUCACGUGUACGUCAAUUAGAAGAGGAACGUGUUCAACAUGUACAAUUAAUGCGUAAAAGUGAUGAUGAAUCCAAAGAUUUACGUACACGACUUCAUUCGUUUGAAGUAAAAAUUAAUACAUUGACUGAUAAAAUUGAUGAAUCUGAAUCACGUAAACGUCAAUUACAAGAAAUUGUUGAUCAAUUAAAUGCUGAAGUAGCUAAAUUACGUGCUAAUGAACAAUUUAUUACUGGUUCAGCUGGUGAACAAAAUGAAAAAAUUCUUGCUGGACAAUCAGCUAUACGUAUGAAAUUAGAUGAAGAAUUUAAACGUCAAUCGGAACAUUAUGCUAUGCAAAUGAAACAUUUACGUGAUGAAUUAGAUGAAAAACAGAAAAAAUUAGAAGAAUAUAAAGAUGAAGCGAAUGAUUUCAAAUUUCAAUCAGAAAAAUCUCAAGAAGAAAUUAAUCAUUUACGUGCAGAAUUAGAAGAUAAAACUACACGUUUAGAAACAUUGGAAAAAACAGCGGAGAAACGUGAACAAGCCAAACAAGAUUUACGUGGUUUAGAAGAGACAGUAAUUAAAGAAUUACAAACUUUACAUAAUUUACGACGUUUAUUCAUACAAGAUUUGAAUUGUCGAAUCAAAAAGUCGGCUAAUCGUGUGAAUGCAUUAAGUGCAGCGGAAAAAAUCACAGCCAAUAAUAACAAUAAUAAUAAUAAUAACAAUAGUAAUCAAUGCGGUCAACAACAACAAAUUACUGAUAGUCUACUUAUUGAUGAUACCACUACUGCUGCGGCUGCGGCUGCUGUUGGAAAUAAUGUUACUACUACUACUGCUGGUGGUGUAGUUGUUGACAAUAAUCCUGCUGCUGAUGAUGAUGACGAUGAUGAAUCUAUACAAAUUGGUACAUUGGCACAACGUGAAAAAAUUAUAUUUCUUGAAAAUAAUUUAGAUAAAUUAACUAAAGUACAUAAACAGCUAGUACAUGAUAAUGCAGAAUUACGUUGUGAAUUACCAAAAAUGGAGAAACGAUUAAAAAGUACAUUAGAACGUGUACGUAGUUUAGAAUUAUCAUUAAAAGAAGCUAAAGAAGGUGCUAUGCGUGAUCGUAAACGUUAUCAAGUUGAAGUGGAACGAAUUAAAGAAGUUGUACGUCAACGUAAUAUUACAGCACGUCGUGGUCAAUCACAAAUCGCUAAACCAAUACGUGCUGGACAUGCACCAAUGAAUAGUCCUCAUGUUGGUGGUGGAACAACCAUGAUCAAUGCACAACAACCAGUUGUACGACCUGAUCUACUCGGUACACCAUAA